AUGACAAACACAAACCGCAUCGUCAAGGUAGCCGUCACCCAGGCCGAGCCCGCCUGGAUCGACCUCCCCGCGGCCGUCACAAAGACAUGCCAGCUCAUCACCGAGGCCGCCUCCCAUGGCGCCCAGCUCAUCGCCUUCCCGGAGUGCUGGAUCCCCGGCUACCCGGUGUGGAUCUGGACCCGCCUCAUCGACUUUGACCUCAAUGUUAAGUACAUCAAGAACUCGCUGCAGCUUGACUCGCCCGAGAUGGCCACCAUCCAGGCCUGCGCAAAGGACAACAACAUUGCCGUCUCGCUCGGGUUUUCAGAGAAUGACAACCACUCGCUCUUUAUUGCUCAGGCCCUCAUUGGCCAGGACGGCGAGAUCAAGGUGCACCGCCGCAAGAUGAAGCCCACGCACAUGGAGAGGACCAUUUUCGGCGACGCGUCGGGCCACUGCCUGAAGAGCGUGGCCGAGCUGCCCUUUGCGCGCGUCGGUUCUCUGGCAUGCUGGGAGCAUAUCCAGCCGCUGUUGAAGUAUAAUACGAUUGCGCAAAAGGAGGAGAUCCAUAUCUCGGCGUGGCCCAGCGUCACCCCUCAUUCCGGCGGUGGCCCGGACAUGUGGUCAAUGAGCGCGGAAGGCUGUCAGAACCUCUCCCGCACGUACGCCAUCGAGUCCAAUGCCUUUGUUCUUCACAGCACAGCGCUCAUCUCCGAAAAGGGGAUCGCGGCGCACAGCAGCUCCGGCGGCGCCAUCAUGUCGACACCCGGCGGCGGAACCUCUGCCAUCUUCGGCCCGGACGGCCGGAGGCUGUCGGAGCCCGUUGACGAGAACACGGAGACCAUUAUUUACGGCGACUUGGACUUUGACGCCAUCCACAGGACCAAGAUGUUUGCCGAUUGCACCGGUCACUACAGCAGACCGGAUCUUCUCAGGCUCAACGUAGAUAAAGAGAUUAAGAUCUUGGUCAGGGCGGAUAGUGAUGCGGCCAGGGAGCCGAAGGAGGAAGAGGCAGUGCUUGUUCUAUAA